UCAUUAAUAGUAGUGUAUUCAUCAUAUCGACUCUAGCUGCAGCUAUGAGCUGUGUUGUUGGGUGAAAUCACUACUGUAGUAUUCUUUUUCUGAAAUUGAAAAAGAAAGGAGAAAAUUACUUUGAGCCCGGCGGGCCGGCCGGCCUAGCAAAUCUCUCGAUCCGACGACGACCGAGCAUACAAUACGUAGGAGUAGCAAGCAAGUGCAGUUGUAGUCUCAUGGAAGAGACGUUUGUACCUUUUCGUGGGAUCAGUAAUGACCUUCGUGGAAGACUACUGUGUUACAAGCAAGAUUGGAGCGGUGGAUUCCGUGCUGGCUUAAGGAUCUUGGCUCCGACCACCUACAUAUUCUUUGCAUCAGCAAUCCCGGUCAUCUCUUUUGGCGAACAGCUCGAGAGGAAUACUGAUGGAGUUCUUACUGCUGUUCAAACGUUGGCGUCAACUGCAAUUUGUGGCAUUAUCCACUCCAUCAUCGGAGGUCAGCCUCUGUUGAUAUUGGGAGUGGCGGAGCCUACUGUUAUCAUGUAUACAUUCAUGUUUACUUUUGCCAAACAAAGACCAGAUUUGGGGCGUGAUCUCUUCCUUGCAUGGACUGGAUGGGUAUGUGUGUGGACUGCAGCUUUGCUCUUCCUGUUGGCUAUUUUAGGAGCUUGCUCAAUUAUUAACAGGUUUACUCGCCUGGCUGGAGAGCUGUUUGGGAUGCUUAUUGCCAUGCUUUUCAUGCAGCAAGCUAUCAAAGGACUUGUGGAUGAGUUCCGCAUUCCUAAACGAGAAAACCCCAAUUCAACUCAGUUCAUGCCUUCAUGGAGAUUUGCCAAUGGAAUGUUUGCCUUGGUUCUGUCAUUUGGUCUGCUUCUAACUGCAUUAAGAAGCCGAAAAGCAAGGUCAUGGAGAUAUGGAACUGGUUGGCUUAGAAGCCUAAUAGCUGACUAUGGAGUUCCAAUUAUGGUGCUAGUUUGGACAGGGGUAUCCUACAUACCAUCUCAAAGUGUCCCAGAAGGGAUUCCACGGCGCCUCUUCAGCCCAAAUCCUUGGUCACCCGGUGCAUACGGGAAUUGGACUGUUAUUAAGGACAUGUUAAAUGUGCCUAUUAUCUACAUAUUUGGAGCUUUUGUUCCCGCAACGAUGAUUGCAGUACUGUACUAUUUUGACCACAGUGUGGCCUCUCAACUAGCUCAGCAGAAAGAUUUCAAUCUGAGAAAGCCACCUUCUUUUCAUUAUGACCUGCUUCUAUUGGGUUUUUUGACUCUGAUGUGUGGUCUUAUUGGUAUCCCUCCAUCAAAUGGUGUAAUCCCGCAAUCUCCAAUGCAUACUAAAAGUUUGGCUACUCUUAAACACCAAUUGCUUCGGAACCGACUUGUUGCCACAGCACGCCAAAGUUUGAAGAACAACUCAAGCCUGGCACAAUUGUAUGGAAAUAUGCAAGAAGCUUAUCAAUGGAUGCAAACUCCGUUAAUCUAUCAGCAAUCAUCAACAGGGCUAAAAGAGAUGAAAGAAUCAACGAUUCAAUUGGCAUCAAGCUCUGGACACAUUGAUGCACCAGUUGACGAAACACAUUUUGACAUUGAGAAGGAAAUUGAUGAUCUGUUGCCAGUAGAGGUGAAAGAACAGCGGUUGAGUAACCUGCUUCAGGCCACAAUGGUGGGUGCGUGUGUUGCUGCAAUGCCUGUGUUAAGAAUGAUUCCAACCUCGGUGUUGUGGGGAUAUUUUGCUUUUAUGGCCAUUGAAAGUCUACCAGGCAAUCAAUUUUGGGAGAGGAUCUUACUGCUCUUCACUGCACCUAGCAGAAGAUACAAGGUUUUGGAGAACUACCAUGCAAGUUUUGUGGAGACUGUGCCUUUCAAGGCAAUUGCAACAUUUACAAUAUUUCAGACACUGUACUUGCUUGCUUGUUUUGGGAUAACCUGGGUUCCAAUUGCUGGGCUCCUUUUCCCAUUGCUCAUUAUGCUUUUGGUUCCGGUACGACAGUACAUAUUGCCCAAGUUCUUCAAAAGCGUACACCUUCAGGAUUUGGAUGCAGCUGACUAUGAAGAGGCACCGGCCACUGCGCCAUUCAACCUUCCCACGGAGGACGAAGUGGGCACGAGAGCUUCGUAUGCUGGGAGUGGAGAGAUUUUAGAUGAGAUUAUUACGAGAAGCCGUGGUGAGAUCAAGCAUAUAAGCAGUCCCAAGGUAAGUAGUUCAACAGCAACGCCAGCAAGAGACGCAAAUCUGCUUCAGAGCCCACGGUUAUCAGGGAGAGCAUAUAGUCCCCAGAUUAGCAGAGUGAGAGGAGAGCAAAGUCCACUUUCUGGGAAGAAAGGAGGUUUCAGCCCAAGAACAGGAGAAGUUACGAGACAAUCUAAUUUGGGGGGAUCAGGACUCAGUCCUACUAGUAAAUCCUGUUCAAAUGGUCAGUGAAAUUAAAGAAAGAUUCAGAUGGCUGCAACUGGCCGGAUCCAUGCAUGUAUGUUUAAAAUGACUUAUUAGUUUGUUUCAAUUUGCUGUAAUGAGUGUGAUGAUGUAAAAUCUCUUGAGAGUACGUAAGUGCACCUGUAACAUUACAUUACAUUACAUUAGCUCUUUCCUUAGCUUAAUUGUAAGAAGUUUGUAAUAAUCCUAUCCUCCUAGCUACAACUGCAGCCUGCAGGUACUAUAUUGUACUGCUUCUUGUCUUCUAUGCUUAUUAUAGUGUUCAGUUCAAGGGUGUAAUGGAUUUCAAGUGUUCCCUGAUUA